CCAGAUUAACAUUUAUUUUGCUUCACUACACUCAUUUUCCCAUGUAAUUACCAUUUAUAAGUUCCAGCUUCUGUUAUGGAUACACCGAAACCUAAGAACAUUCUUCUAAAAAAAGAAUACUGGUGAAUAUAAAGACAACAACAAUUAUGCUGCAGUCAUUUCAAAGAGAUUGCUUGAAGUCAACGUUUGCCUGGUAAAGGAAUGCAAAGAAGCCUUGCAAUAUGGAUCACUUAUGCAAGUAAAGUAUGGCAGGCAUUUUAGACGUUGAAGGGCUUUUUUUAUUAUCGGAAUCCAAAGCUGAAAUAUUUCAAAUUGGAAGCAAUGAACCGAAUGAACAACUGGACACUAAUCACAGUUUAUUGGAGUCUGAAAAUAAAAUGGAAGGUUUAUUAUUUCUGUCCCGUAACAGCAAAACAGACUUGGAACUUGACUCAUAUUCAGACAAUGUUAAGUCUGGUAAAGACUCUGACAGAAAUGAAGCUUGUGCAGAUAUGGUGCACAAGUCACUGUACCAAGUUGAUGGUUUGUCAAAUUUACCAACGGAACACUCCGAAACAAGUGCCUUGUCCAAAAGUUCCAACACAAGGGAUCAUAAAAUUUGUGUUAUUAAGCAUAAACCAAGUGCAAUUACAUUUCCUGAUAUGCCAUUGGAUACAGUAAACUCUGCUGUUACCAUCUGUGAUAUUGUGGACAAAGAAAUCUCUGGAAAAAAUGAUACUGAAUGUAACAGUGAAGAAGAGGAAAAUGAUGAUGUUUUUAUAGACCUACCUCAUACCAAAUAUAAUUUUACUGGUAUUAAAAGAAGAUCUUCUCAUCCUAGAAAACAAACAGUCUUCUUUAAUUUUGAGGGAGUUUAUGGACCAGUUGGAAAUGAUCAACUCAACAGUAAGGAUGGAAGAGAAACAAAGGAAUGCAUGGAAGAAUCCUCUCAUUGGUCACAGUCUAUGAGCUGCCUGUUAACGAAACUAGAACAGCUAAAUGUUGAUAUUGAAGAUGCCAUCACUGCUGGUGCCACACAUAUUGUCCCUACAGACAUUUACAGAGAAAUGGUAUAUUCUCAACAAAUUAUCAAAGCGACACCUGAAAUCGAGGCAAAAGAGGCAUGCGAAUGGCUCCGAGCUGCAGGCUUUCCUCAAUAUGCUCAACUUUAUGAAGAUUCCCAGUUUCCAAUUGACAUUGCAUCUGUGAAAAGAGAUCAUGAUUUUCUUGACAGAGACCAUGUAGAACCACUUUGCAGGCGGCUGAAUACAUUAAACAAGUGUGCAUCAAUGAAACUCGAUGUCAGUAUCCAGAGGAAAAAGAGUGAAGAUUCAGAUGAAGAAGACUUGUGUGCUAUCAGUGACAAAUGGACGUUUCAAAGGCUCAGUCGGCGAUGGUCUCGGGUGGAUGACAUUGAUACACUGUUCAGACGAUCAGAAAGGCUUGGAUCAUCUGGCGACAUGAAAAACACAACAAGUAGUGAAAGUGUUUUAACUGAUCUUAGUGAACCUGAAAUAUGUUCUAUUCAUAGUGGAAGUAGCGGUGGGAGUGACUGCAGAUGUUCAUAUCUGGGAAAUAGUGCUUCCAGAGAAACUAUUGAGUGUUCUGAAACAAUGGACAUACAUGACUCAAACUCAUUAAAUAUAUUACCUUCAUACUGGCCAAAAGAUUUCACAGAUAGUAACCUGAGUGGGAAGAGUGAAAAACAUGCACAAACAAAACCAAAAACUCAUUUAAAAUGGAUGGAAACACUAAAAGGUAAAGGAACACAAGGAAAAUUAAAAAAUUCUGGAAAAACUGGAGGAUUAGUAAUUAGUGAGCCUAUUCUGAAACUGGAGCCAGAAUCGUUAAAAUCACUGAACUGUGUUCAAAUUAAAAAUGGACAUAUGAAGGAAUCACCUCUGGAACUUAAAGUAACUGGAAACAUAGAUUCUAUAUCUGACUCAAAAAGCAGUGUUCAGAACUCGACAUGCCUGAAAGAGAGUGGGGCUCCUGAGCUCAAUAAACGUGGGGGAAUGUAUCUGGAAGACAUUGAUGUCCUAACAGGUUCAGGGACCAGAUCUAAAUCGAGUCAUUAUCAUAAACAUGAAUUUCAUUCACAAGAGAAUCUGGUUGUACAUAUUCCAAAGGAUCACAAACCUGGAACAUUUCCAAAAGCUCUUUCUAUUGAAAGUCUCACACCAACAGAAAAUUACAGCAAUGCAAACUGGCGGACUGGAUGCAUCUCCCUUAAUAGGCAAAAGGUCCCCCAUCUUAAGGAACCUAGAAUUAUGUCUUCUAAGUGUCCAAGAGGCAGCAGACUUAGUGUUUAUGAUAAUGUGCCAGGCUCUCAUUUGUAUGCCAGCACCGGGGAUCUUAUGGACUUUGAAAGAGAUGAUCUAUUUCCUCAUUUGGAUGAUGUCUUGCAACAUAUUAAUGGUCUUCAGCAAUCUGUAGACCACUGGUCAAAAGAUGUUAUGCCAGAGCUGCAAGAUGAUAAUAUGUCAGUUGGGGAAUCGGGAACAUCAUUUUUUCAUUCACCUAACUCAAUUAUUUUAGAUUUUGAAGGAAAUUCAAUUUCCGACGGCAGAACCACUCCAAGUGAUAUAGACAGAGAUGCAUCUUCAGUUAAUGAAUCAGAUACAACUACAACCAGAGAAAGAAGAGAUUCUGGGGUUGGAGCAUCUCUUACUAGAACAAACAGGCGUUUACGAUGGAACAGUUUCCAGAUCUCUCAUCAAAUAAGCAGCUCUAUGGCAUCACUUCAGAUCAGCAAUCAAUCUGCAGGCCAGCUGAAUCUAUUGCAGAAAUUCUCACUUCUUCGAUUGACAGCUAUAAUGGAAAAGUACUCCAUGUCAAACAAACAUGGAUGGACAUGGUCUGUUCCCAAAUUUAUGAAAAGAAUGAAAGGACCGGAUUACAAGGAUAAAAAUGUUUUUGGGGUACCUUUGAUGGUUCAUGUACAGAGAACAGGGCAACCUCUUCCACAGAGCAUUCAGCAAGCAUUACGUUUCCUACGGAGUAACUGUCUGGAUCAGGUUGGUUUGUUUAGAAAGUCUGGUGUUAAAUCUCGAAUACAGGCUCUGCGCCAGAUGAAUGAAAAUUGCCCAGAAAGCGUAAACUAUGAAGAUCAGUGUGCGUAUGAUGUUGCAGAUAUGAUGAAACAGUUUUUCAGAGACCUUCCAGAUCCUCUGCUUUCAAGCAAAUUAGGAGAAACCUUCCUGCACAUUUACCAAUAUGUCCCAAAGGAACAAAGACUCCAAGCUGUGCAGUCGGCCAUUAUGCUGAUGUCUGAUGAGAACCGAGAAGUUCUGCAGACUCUUUUGUGCUUCCUUAACGAUGUCACCUCAGUUGAGGAAAAUCAGAUGACGCCAAUGAAUCUCGCUGUGUGUUUGGCACCAUCUCUAUUCCACCUUAAUUUAUUAAAAAAGGACAAUUCUCCAAGGGCAAUACAAAAAAAAUAUGCAACAGGGAAGCCAGAUCAAAAAGAUCUCAAUGAGAAUCUAGCAGCGACACAGGGCCUUGCUCAUAUGAUUAUCGAAUGCAACAAAUUAUUUGAGGUGCCACAUGAAAUUAUAACCCAGUCACCAAAUUCUUACAUUGAAGCUGACAUGCGAAAUUUAACAAUUGAAGAAUUUGGCAAACAGCUGGAAGAUGAAGGUGGAAAUUAUGCAACUUACUUUGAAAACGUAAUCCAAGGCCUGCAAAAAGAAGCCAAGGAUAAAUUCAAGGGAUGGAUUUCCCUUUCAAUCAUCGAGAACACUGAACUUGCUUACAAAAAGGUUGGAGAUGGAAAUCCUCUAAGGACCUGGAAGGUAUCAGUGGAAGUGGAGGCUCCCCCAUCUGUUGUACUUAAUCGUAUUUUGAGGGAACAACACAUUUGGGAUGAUGAUUUCAUGCAGUCCAAAAUCAUUGAAGCACUUGAUAAUCAAACAGAGGUGUAUCAGUAUGUGAUAAACAGCAUGGCUCCCCACCCAGCCAAGGACUUUGUGGUCUUAAGGUCUUGGAGAACGGAUUUGCCUAAAGGAACGUGCACCUUGGCAGCCAUCUCUGUAGAACACGAGGAAGCCCCUUUAAUUGGAGGAGUGAGAGCAGCAGUACUAGAUGCACGAUACUUAAUAGAGCCCUGUGGUUCUGGAAAGUCUAAAUUAACUCACAUUUACAGAGUCGAUCUAAAAGGCCAUUGUCCCGAGUGGUACAAUAAAUGUUUUGGACAUCUUUGUGCAUCAGAAGCGCUAAGGAUACGAAACUCUUUCCGACAAUUAACUGCAGAAGGACCCGAAACCAAAAUCUGAGAGAUACACAGCGUGAUGAGCCAUUGAAACCAGUGAACUACUACUUAAAGCAAUACGAAUUCUCUCUCACUGGAGAUCGAUAAAGUUGUAUUACUAAUCUCUCGGACAUUCUUUGUGAACAUAUUGAUGAUAAUUAAUCAGGAGCAGCUUUACAUUUAAUUUAAUUGUUUAUAAAUUCUAUAUGUAAAUAUGUAAAAAUGUACAGUAUAUUUUAAAAGAAUUAUCUAUAUAUACACGUAUAUGUAAAUGUAUCAUGAACAUAUAAUUUAAUGUUUCCUGUGGAAGCCAUCUGUUAAUUACUAGUAUUUUAUUUUAACUCCGUUCACAGCGUCUUACAUCUAUUUUACUGUAAUCAUUAGUACAAUUGCAAUAUCAGGGUAAUGCAAACUACAGUUCAUUAUAUUUAGCAAUACUAUGUGCGUACGGCUUUAGCUUUCCUCAUCUAUGAAGCACUGGCUGGUCCUGAGGUACUUUGUAAAUAGGAAAAUAGAGAGAUUUUUUUUUAUUUUCACAUGUUGAAAAGUCCUAUAAUAUAUUGUAUAUACACCUAUGAGUGUAAUCAGGAUAUACAAAAAGUCCUAAAUUAUCAAUGAUAUUCUAUCAUUCAUAUAUUUCAUACAAACACACAAAAUAAAAGUUUCAUCUAUGCAUAUACUAUUUAUGAAGGUAUUGUUGUAUGUGUUUCAUAACUGCAAAUGAUGUUGUUUGGUCAGAAAUAAAAUUGAAUGCAUUUUUGGCACAA